AUAGCACGGGAGUUGUACGCCGGGCACGGAACCUCCUCGACGUCAUCUGUCGCGUCCUGGAGCUUGCUAGAUAUUACGAUCCUUCACGCUACACCAUGCGGAACCUAGACAUGUGCAGGAGGAUUUAUUCACGAGCGAGGUCAUCCAAACAUAAUGAUGCCUCAGUUUCGUUGGGAGCGCUGCGGAAGGUACUGCACUUCACACUCGCUGCUGCUAACAUAUCUCGUGACCCUGCCGAGUUGUGGUAUGCCAGCCUGUCUUUGCAGAGCGGUUCCUGCACACCGGAAGACAUCGACUGGCUGGUGGACUGUCUUGACUACAUCUAUUCCGACGACCACGAAGUGGCAUAUGACAUCCUUUUGCUAUUGGGUAGCAUGGGAGUGAGCUGCAGCCCUGCCAAACAACAUACGUUCGUCGAGAGCCUCAUCGCCUGCAUGGACAGUAACAUGCCUCCCCAUUUACGCCAUGCUGCUCUUCGCGCUACUCAC